AUGGUAAAUAUUACAAACGUUAACGUUACAAAUUGCUAAUAUGUAUUUAAUGUUUUUGAACUAUGGUAAAUAAAAGAUCUUAAAGUUGUGAAUACUUCAUUAGUUUUAAAAUAAGAUAUUAAUGCAGUUUAGUAUCUAAGUGAUUCUGCUAUUUUAAAGGAUAUUGAAAUAUUUGAUUAAAAUAUUAAUUCAAAUAACAAUUAAAUUUAGUUCCUUUCUAUGAAUCAAUAAAAGAGUGAAGGAUUUUCUCUUAUUUCUAAGGAAAAAUUUAUGAAUUCUUGUAUUCUUAACAAUAACCCCUUAAUCCAUUUAAAUUAGCUGUCUAAUGUUGAGUUAAAAAAAUGCAAUUUAGUUACUAUUUCCGAGAGUCAUUUUACAAACAACAAAAAUAGUAAUGGCCCAGGAGGUGUUAUUUAUGCACUUGAUAACAUGGAGAUAAUUAUAUAAAAUUCUAUUUUUUGGCUUAAUACUUGUAAGUUAUAAAAUGGUGGAGCUAUUUAUAUGAUUAAUACUAUUAUGUAGGGAGUUUUAUAAAUAAAUUAAUCUUAGCUAAUAGAAAAUAAAUCAGUCUAUUCUUCAAGUGGUUCAAUUUAUCUCUAAAAUAAUAACUUGAUCCUGUAAAACUCAGUUAUAGCUUCAAAUUAGGCAUAAAUUGGUGGAGGAAUAAAUUAUGGUCAGGUUAUGCCAGAUUUUUUAAUUGAUCUGCAAAAAGGUAAUAAAAAUAAUAAUACUUUUAAAGACAAUCUAGCGUAUAUUUAUGGAUAAAAUUUUGGUUCUACUUUGAGUGGAGAUUAAAUAAAUUUUGAAAAAAUAUAAUUGCUUGAUGAAGAAAAUAAUCCAAUUAGAUUUGUAGAUGUUAACUCAACUGAUUUUUCAUUAUUAAGUAGUGAUAUUUAAUCUUUAGUGCAAUAAAUAAGUGUUUCUAUAUAAUGGAAUUAAGAAAACAAAGAAAUACAAUGCAUUGGAUAACUUUAAACAAAAUAAUUUACAAAUGGGGGCUUUAACUUAGAUGUUUAGAUUUUUUACAAACCUAUUUCUGAGUUGGUAUUAAAAAUAGUGAGCAAUUAAUUUCCUUCAUUAAAAGAUUCAAAUGGGAAUAUUGUGGUAAAUUCAGGUUAAAUAGAAUUAAUAUUGAAUAUAGAAUUAGAUUAGUGUUCAAUAGGAUAAAUAUUUAAAUAAUAUGGUAACUCAAUAACAUGUGAAUCUUGCCCUGAUGGUAAAUAUUCUUUAAGUUUAAAUGAUCAAGAGUGUAGACAAUGCCCUGAUUCAGCUGUCAAAUGUAUAGAUUCUAAUAUUUAAUUAAAAAACGGAUAUUGGAGAGAAAACGAAUAUACUGACAAUAUUAUCUACUGCAGUUUUAACCCUCUAUCGUGCUAACCAUAACUUUCUUCUUCUAAAUUUUACUGCGUUGAAGGACAUAAAGGUCCUCUAUGUUAUUAGUGUGAUACAUACGGUGAAAUUUGGGGAAGUAUAUAUUCUGAAAUAUAUAAUAAUGGAGAAUGCCAUAAAUGCGAAGAAAAUAUUGAAAAAAUAAUACUUUAUAAUUUAAUGGUAUACUUAAUGAUUUCUCUUUACAUAUUUUUAAUUGUAAAAAGAAUAAUAAAAUAGCUAGAAGCUAAAAUUAAAGGAUAUUAUUUAAAUAAAUUAGAAAUUAUUUAUUUAGGAUCAACAUUAAACAAAUCUGAUAGAUCAUAAAUUAUUUCUAAAAUUCUCACCGAUCAUUUAUAAAUACUAUCAUUAGUAUGCUCUUUUAUCUCAAAAAUGCCAGUUUUAUUUACUGUUCCUAUUUAGCUAUCAGGAAAUUCAGCUAGCUUAACUAGUAAAUCUAUUGAUUGUGUUUUUUCUAAACACCCUAAUCUACAACCUUUGUGGUUAUUCGAAUCUCUUUGGUCUUUUUCUUUACCUGUAGGAAUACUUAUUUUUUACUAUAUAAAAGGAAUUAUUUUAAAGCUAUUAAAAAUAGAUUUAUUUAUCAAGUAUUUAUAAACUGCAGCUAUUUUUAUUUAUUUUUACUUUUACCCUAUGGUAAUAACUCUUGCUAUUAGAUCUAUUAAUUGUAUAGCAAUAGGAGAUAAAAAAUAUUUAGAUCUAGAUUUUGGAAUUGAAUGUUAUGAUAAAAAUUAGCAUAAGCCGUACAUAUUCUUAUUUACAAUUCCUGUUAUUUUUAUAUGGGGUUUUUUAAUACCUUUAUUACUAUUCUUUAAAAUUUAUGAUACUAAAUCAAAAAAAAAGUCAUUUAUUAAAUAAAUAAAAUAUUCUUUCAUAUUUGCUGGUUAUAAAGAACAAUUUUAUUACUGGGAGUUUUGGGUAUUGACUUAUAAAACAAGUUUGAUUUUAAUAUCUGUUUUACUCAAAUAAGGCAUCUAAUUAAAGGAUUAUCAAGACUAAAAAUUCCUCAUUAAUAGCAGUAAAGAACAUGUUUCUAAAAUUUCAUAUUUUAACUUAAAAAAAAAUAUCCUUAAUUGCUUGAUGUAACAUCCUAAACUUAAAUUGGAUUUAAAAGAUAAUUAGGAUUCUAUUUUUUCACAAUCUUCACCAACUCACUAAAUAACUUAAUAUGAAAUAAAUGACGAAAAAAUUUUCACUUUUCAAAAUAGUAACUCUAUUAAAAGUAUGAAAAAUAAAUGGUCUUAUUACACAAGAAAUUCCAAAAAAAACUAAAUAUAUAGAACAUUUGAUAAGCCAAGCUUAAUAAAUAAUAAUAAUACAAGGGAAAGUAAUAUUUAUGAAACUGAAAGUUCCAAUUAAAAUAAUCAAUAUAAUAAUAUCUAAAUUAAUAAUAAUAAUAAUAAUAAUAAUAAUAAUAAUAAUAAUAAUAAUAAUAAUAAUAAUAAUGGGUAGGGAAAUAUUUGA